CCGGAACCUCUUGGAAUGAACGUUGGGAGUCCAAGAAAGAGCCUGGUAGCUUCGUGGGAAGAUGUUCCAGUUCUUUCCAGCUACCUGACAGACAAUGAAGGCAGUCCCUGAACACCAGGAGCGCUGCUGGCGUAACUGAGGACACCCAGGAGGGGCACAGGGACAAAGGCCCGGCCCACAUGGACAAGGCUGGGUUCUCAGAGCGUGAGGCUCCGAAGCAGCGGGCGGACUUCCCUGACGGUGGGGCUUUCUCCCAAACUAAGCUGCACGCCGAGCACAGUUUUUCCUCGGAAAGCCACAUCCUGGGUGCCUCAGAUCCAGUGAUUCCAACAGCAGAGGACCCCCCAGACAGGACCGCACAUGAAGGGACGUGCAGAAAGGCAGGCGCGGUCUUGACUCUGGGUAAAACGACGGAGCACGCUGCCAAGGAAAUCUCUGAUGCAGAGCAAUGCUGCCCCCCAACUCCUCACGCCCCAGCGAAGAAAGGGGACCGUUCGAAGUCAGACCUUUCUGCUGUUUUACAGCAGCAUCUUCCCAAAGAGGAGCUUUUACGAGGCCAAGGCAGUCACUGGGAAACUCGCCCAGAGGACUCCAGUGCGGACGGUCUAGAUGAAGCCAUUGUUAAAAGUAUUGUUUUGCAUUAUGUUAAGAGUUUUUGGCCAAAAGAACCAACCCCAGAAUUCACUGACCAGCUCAACCCCCGGAGGGAGGAUGACAUGAGCAGUGAGCCCAGCUGUUGCCCGACCACGACAGCAGGAAACACCUCUGAGACAGAAGAGCCGGUGGCUGCUGGAGACGGCAGCCUUCCGCAAAGUUGCACUUUUCUAACUAAAUCCAGGAGUCCAAGCAGUAAACAGAAAGGCUGCCAAGAGCAGAAACUGCAGACGGAAAACACAAGAUCAGACCCUGGGUUCAAAUACGGCCAAGUCCGUUACCGGUUCUCUGGUCGCUCUAGUGUUGCUCCCCAAGUGAAAAUCCCUAGAAAUAACACGAUUGAUAAACCACUUCCAACAGGCAAAGAAGCCAGCUUUUCUCCUGAUCUGAGAGCUGGCUCAGCUCUUGGGCAAGAAAGUCCAGAAGGUACGGCCAGGCCAGACGGAGCUGAGAAGGAAGAGCAGGAAAGGAAGACUGGGGACCCCUCCCAGCGGACAGAGGUGCAGCCUGCAACACACAGCCACCAAGAACAGCUCGCAGAAUCCGAGACCCGCCUCUGGAAGCUGUCAUCCGCCUCUCAGAAAGACCCUUCCUUGAGUUCUUCCAUAUUCCAAAAGAUAUCCCAAGGGAGAGAGAUGUGCCAGAAGCUGAAAGAACAGGCUGAUCAGCUGAAGACUAAAGUGCAAGAAUUUUCCAGAAGCCUAGCACAGGACUCUCCCGGCCAUGAGCAAGACGAGAGGCUGGAGCUGGAGAAACUGCAGGCGCACCUGGAACUGCUGAAGCAGGAGUUUGUGGCUGAGGAGCAGCUGACUUUGGAGCAGCAAGUCCACCAGCCUAAAUCCCCAGCUGUCAGCGAUUUUGACCCCAAAAGAAAAGUGGAAGGUGAAGUCUCCAGGUUGGAGAUGCUUCUUGAAGAUGUUGAAGGGAAGGCUGAUGAAGGCAAACACACUUCAGCUGGCUCUCUUCCCGAGAGUUCGCCAACCCUCCCGGGUGACCUGCCAUCCGCCUCCUCUCCACCCUCAGAUGAGGACCCCCGCCACGCCUCCGCCUCCGGAAGGCGGCAACGUGCAGAGACAACCGGUUGGAGCUGUGCCCUCUGCCACCGGGUCCGCGAAUGGAAGCAAAGCCUGGAGAAGAAAGGCCACAGAGGGACCCGCUGUGGAGGGCUUCCCAUUGCCCUUCAGGAAAAGGCACCGCAUCCAGACUCACUUCUCAGUCCCGACACAGGACUCAGCGGCUCUUCUGCUCCCGGCGCUGGGCUGCAGAGCAACCCAUGUGAGACCUGCGGCACUAGGACUCCCCACGGCCCCAGAGGCGGCCGUAAAGAACCACUCAAAGAAUUUCAUUACAGAUACAACACCCCGGGACAGAAUUACUUAAAUCAUAGCGAAGGAAGAGCCUUUGUCCAGCUCCGCUUUUUAAAUGAAAAUAAAAAUUCUCCACCUUCUUAUUCAAAACCAAACUGGAUCUGUUCCCAGAGAGCAAAUUCAAAAUCCUCUCAAGAUGAGCGUGAGCCCAAACCAGGAAAAAAAGACCUUAAGGCUCCCAUGACCUCCAGUUCGGACCUGGCUACACCCUCACCCCAUUUCCACUCUGGCAGGGGUUCCGGAAGCAAAUCCUUAAGCGACGUUAGCAGUGACGGAGAAACGAAAUCUGAGGGUUUAACCGCGUCUCUGGACCAUGCCCUGAGGACAGCAACCAUUUUGAAAGAAACGACUGAUCAAAUGAUCAGAACUAUUGCAGACGAUCUCGCCAAACUACAGAGACGGAGGAACCAACUGAAAUACUUGUUUGAUGCAAGGUGACCGGGGAUUUGAGAAAAAAAGAAAUGCAAAGAAAACUUAAUCUUCCCCUCAAAUUAUUUUACUUAUUACACAAUUUAGAAGGAUAAAUUUCUUCAGAAAACGCCAAAACCGUAAGAAAUGGGGAACACAAAAGUACUUAAAUGAGAAAAAAGGGACCUCUGAUUCUUAUACUCAAAUCAACAAGUAUUUAUUUUAAAAUAAAUCUGUUAUUCCUAACUCA